UCCAGAUGCAGAAGAAGGGUUCAUUCCUUGGAAGGAACAAAGAAACUCUGGCCAAGAUUGCUGAACUCACAAAGACAACUGUUAACCCCACUGGACCUAGGAAUUCCAGGAACUUUGUCUUCCAGGUUAUCUCCCCUGACAAAGACACAAAUAAACAAAAUGCAGUAAAUGGCCCAACUCAGGGAAAGGCAAGAAAAGCUCAUCUACCAAAACAGCAUCAGCCAGUGGCAAAGAAGCCUAGACUAGAGAAGUCAUCAUCAUUCCCACAAAACAGCAUCUUCAAUCAUAUGUAGGGGCAGUAAGUGAAACCCAGACCAAAGAUAUCGUUGUCUUUCCCACAAAAAAGCAUCUUCCAUAAUAUGUAGGGGAGAAAGUGAAAGAGACUUGUUCUCACAAAUCAGCAUCUGCAAUCGUGUAGGGGGGCAGAAAGUGAAACCAAGACUUGAGAAGUCAUUGUCCUUCCCUCAAAACAGAGAAAAAGUGAAUUGACACGUGAAACAUGGCAUUUUAUACUUGGAUUCCAUCAGCUUUGCUUGUAUUUGGUUACAUAGCAUGCAUUGAAGAGACCUAUGUUUUGCUUUAUGAUGCUGAUCAUAGACUCUGUAUGGCUUGACCACAGACUGGAAGACUUAGAGGAUCAUCAAUUGAGGAAAUCAGAUUCAGUAAUUCAGUUUUAUUUUGGAUAAAAUGUGGGAAAUUAUUUUUUGAGGAUUUUCUUUUGAUUGAUUAAUACAUUUUUAACGUACGCUUGAAAAAAAGGGGGAUUGGUUCUUAAAAAUAAUGUCCUCAUGUGUAUGUACAGUAUUUCAUUUGUAAAGAUGAUUAAACCUUGGAGCAUGAGUGUUUUAGUGUAAAUACAUAUAUAUGUAUAUUUGGUAUUUAUUGACUGUAUAUUUUUUGUGUAUGAGUGCUUUCAUAGAUGCAUUUUAUAUAUUUUUUUCACGAGUCCAGAAAUUUUAAAAGAUAGUCUCUUUUAUCUGAAAAUCACCCUUCAUGUAAUGUUUGCACUUGUAUGAAUUUAGAUUUUAAUUUGUCCAAACAGUAAAUUUAUAUUUACUUUCAGUUUCAUAAUGAUCUCUGAUGUAAGAUAAGUCAGUUUAUUUACUCAGUUGUAGAAAUAUCUGAUAUUAGGUGUGACUGUAGUUUAAAUGUUAAAGAAAUCAAUAUAACUAAUUUUAUG